GACUUCCUGUGAGAGGGCCAAGGAGGCGCUCUCAUCCACUGUCAAGACCACCAUUGAGAUUGAUUCCUUCUAUGAGGGUAUCGAUUUCUACUCGACAAUUACCCGAGCUAAAUUUGAGAAGCUCAACAUGGAUCUCUUCCGGCGCUGUAUGUCAGCAGUUGAUAAGUGUCUGAGAGAUGCUAAGAUGGACAUGAGCAGUGUGCAUGAUGUUGUGCUUGUUGGUGGAUCCACCAGGAUUCCCAAGGUCCAGGAGCUUUUGCAGGACCUGUUCAAUGGCAAGGAGCUUUGCAAGAGUAUGAAUACCGAUGAGGCUGUUUCUCGCGGUGCUUCUGUUCAUGCUGCUAUUUUGAGCGCCAAGGGCAAUAAGAAGGUUUGGGACCCCUUGGUACUGGAUGUCACCCCCCUGUCCGUUGGUAUGGAGACUCUUAGUGGUUUUGUGUCUGUUUUCAUUCCCAGGAACACCGUCAUCCCCGCAAAGAAAGUGUUGGACUUUCCUAUGUCCGAUGACAAGCGAUCUCUUUUGAUUCGGGUCUACGAAGGGGAGGAAAUGAGGGCCGGAGCCAAUAACUUGCUAGGCAAAUUUGAGCUCUCUGGACUUUCUUAUGCUCCUCAGACCACAGUAUCCUUUGAUAUCGAUGCCGAUGGCAUCCUUAAUGUCUCUGCAGAAGUCAAGACCGGACCGACCGGUACGACCAUUCAGAUGAAUACAAUCACCGUCAAGAAUGACAAGGGAAGGCUCUCGGAGAAGCAAAUCCGGAGGAUGGUUCAGAAAGCAGAAAGUUACAAGUCUGAAGCCCAAGAGCUUGCGAAGAUGGCUGAAGCGAAGAACGCCUUGGAGACCUAUGCAUAUAACGCGAGGAAUACUCUGAAGGAUGUGAAGAUUGGUAAAAAGAUUCUUCCAGCUUACAAGGAGAAAAUGGAAGAUGCCAUUGAGCUGACCAUCCAGUGGGUCGAUGGCAACCAGCUUGCUACGGCAUAUGAGUUUGAGGACAAGAUGAAGGAACUCGAGAGGAUGGUUCAGGAAGCAGAGCAGUACAAGUUUGAAGACCAAGAGCUUGAGAAGAUGGUUGAAGCGAAGAACGCCUUGAAGAAGUAUGCAUAUAAUACGAGGAAUGCAGUUAGGGAAAUUGAAUAUGCCGCUGAGCAGACCAUCCAGUGGCUGGAUGGCAGCCAGCUUGCUAAGGCCGAAGAAUUUGAGGGCAAGAUGAAGGAACUCGAGGGCAUCUGCAACCUGUUCAUCUCAAAGAUGAACCAUUGAUGAUUAAGAUGGUGGUAAUCUCAGUUGCUUCGUUUCUUGUAUGAUUAAGAUUUACCAUGGAUGGUUAGCUAUCCUAAUAGCACAGUAUGAUUAAGCGUUGUUAAAUAUUAAUCUGCUUGUGUUUUAUUUUUUCUUUUUGAUUUAUAUCGAUGAGAACUCAUCAUAAUUACUAUUUUAUUGAUGUGCUUUGAGCAAAUUAUAGGAGA